CGACAAGUCAUUGGUUGCUUUGGAACGUAGGCUGGCUGAUCGGCGUUGCUUGGUUGACGCGCGCUCGAAAAGAUCGUGUGCCAGAACUCAUCGAACACACUCUCUGGAAUUCCGAGGACCCCUGAGAAUGAAGUAAAAAUGAGUUCGAACUCGUUCAUGGACUCGUUCCUGGGGAGCAAGUACGCCAGCGAUGCCGUCAAUUCGGCUGCGGCUCUCCAGACCUAUGGCCAUCAUCCUCAGCAUAGGAUGUAUCCCUACGGAUCCUUGUCUCCACAAUCCUCUGUGGCCGUAUCUGGCACGCUCUACUAUACCUCCAACUCGGAUUUGGCCAAAUCCUGUCGAUAUAACUCCACGGCGCCGACCAACGGCAUAGACAUUUCAUCCACAGGCUACGCUUUCAACCUCCAGAACUGUGGCGUUUCCAGUUCGACCGCCGCUGCACAGGCAAUGAUGACCCCUGCACAGUUUCUGCCCCAUCCUGCGACUGACUUGGCCUCAUCCCUCAGUCCUUGCUCCCAGUUGGGAUACCGACAGUUGGACCCCAUCCCUGAUGUCCCCAGAUAUCCCUGGAUGACCAUAGCGGGAUGGACGGAACACUCCUUACAUGCUGGAUACAGAUCUUUAAGAAGUCCCAACGGGUGCCCCAGACGUCGUGGUCGCCAAACAUACACUCGGUUUCAAACCCUGGAACUGGAAAAAGAGUUUCACUUUAACCACUAUCUGACUCGACGGAGACGGAUCGAGAUAGCACAUGCGCUCUGCCUUACCGAGCGACAAAUAAAAAUCUGGUUUCAGAACCGACGUAUGAAACUCAAAAAGGAACUGCGAGCGGUAAAAGAAAUCAAUGAACAAGCUAGACUGGAAGCCAAAUUGAAAGACCAAGAUGAUGGCAAGCGGAAAAGUAGCAGCAGUGCCACUAGCAAUAGCGACAAGAAGGAUGGUUCCUCGUCUUCGGUUGGCAAGGAUCAGCACGUCGAGAAAAUUAAACACGACGUCGAUGGUGAUCCUAGAGGUAGGCGAGAAAGUUUGCAAGAUGAGGACAACGAUUCGAGAAAUUCCACUAAUACGGAUAUCAGUACCACCUCAGUGGGUGAUAUCGUGGAUACGAGCCCUGGAGUAGAUCAUUUAGCGGCUAGACCACUGAUUCCUAGUUCUGAUGAAGCUAGCUUGCCGUAAGGUUCUUCCCUCUCUGCAGUUGAAGAAUCUGGCGGCUGAUUACCAAUAUACGACGCAAUAAGAUAUCCUAAAUGUUGCUGCUACAAACUACAAAAGUGUACUAUUGGUUUUUACUUAUUUCAGGGUCGAAAUGAAUGUGACAUUGCCAUUUUAGGGUUCCCACGUUAAUGCACAAUGAUGUCUUUAAUUCAGGAAACAGUUUUAUGUGCUCAAAUACUGACGUACUUCAUUUCAAUUUUGUCAACAUUUGAUGAUUCUUUUGUGUGAACCUCGGCACACAGCAGCUAAAUGCCUUUCCGAUAUACGUAGUAGAUAUUACAGUAAUUGUAAAGAGUGCAUCAUCCUCGUACAAAGUACUUGACAAAGUUUGAGCUCCUGACUAACCUUCGAGUACAUUAAAUAUCUUUUGAGCACAAUUAACUUGACUACUUAUGAUUAAUCUACUAAAACAUUUGGGCGUUAUUAUUCUGUACAGGAUCUAAUUGUGGGAACCCUAUAUCACAAAGAAACUUUUAAACAAAGCCUCAAUGUUUCGUUUUGCAAAUUAAUUAUAGUCAUUAGUGAACUUCACCUUCCAAUCCCAGCCGCUCUGCCCCUUGCUACGAGAACAAAUCAUCGUGUUUAAGAAUUAAUUUUGUAUUGCGUCUUAUCUCAUUGAAUGUUUCUAUACGUAUUUCAUCGUUUUCUACUUCAUGACUUGGUGACUUACAAAUUAUUUUCGAGUUGAUUGUUAUACCAUUGAAAUAUUAUUGAGACACUCAUUGAAUCAUUUUCAAGUCAUAGCGAGUCGUUGUUUCAGCCUUUCUUUGGCGGCAUUUUGUUUUAUCCACUUGUUAAGCUAAAAACGUCAUGAAUGGAAAGAAAUUUCAUUUUUUAAAUUAAUUUUAAAGUGAUUUAAUCUCUCAUUUCGCUUACUUGGCCAGUUACAUUAUGUAUAAUAUUUAUUUCAUGUUGCAGAUGCACAUUUGUGAUACGCAUAUUGUUAACAUGCACACCAACAAAUGCAAUGACUCAGUUAUAUAUAUUUGGCUUUGUACUUAUUAAUAAUUUAACUUGUACAUAUCUCAAGCAAUGAUUAAGUUUUCCAUACAGACAAA